GGUGGGAUAGUGGGGUGGUUUUGGGAGCAGGGUUAGCUGGUAGGGACAUUUAGGCUGAAACACAGCCCAUACGGUAGGUGGCGACAUGCACCUAUAACAUUUGUUUGUGAACCGCCAUAAUACCGAAAGAGAUGGAGAAGAAGAACAACAAAACAGCUGCACUGGAAUCACAGCAAACUACGUGUGACAUAAUAACCAUCAAUAUUUCUUAUACUUAAAAUGAUCUAGACAAAUAAUUCAAUGAAUAAUUAAAUUAAUUCACUAGAAACCACCUGUGAGGAACAUACAGUUACUGGUAAGGGAUCGUGGAAUUCAGUCAGUUUAGCACAAGCGCCAAAUCUGAUUGGCUCUUUCCUCAUUCUCCAUCCGCAAACGAGAUCCCGGAAGUUGCCCCGAGAUGAGUAGCUGUUUUCUGGAUGAGGAGACGUUCUGUCAGUGCUGUCAGCUUCUCCUCCAACACUCCCACUCCCUCUGUGACGGCUGGAGCUGGGAACAAGUGAAGGGUUCUGAGGGCUACCUGAGGAAGACUGCCCUGGGGACCGGCAGAACCAGAUGUAUCCUGGACCAGCAAGGAAACAGUUCAGACCAGCACCAGGAGAGGACCUUCUCCCUCUCUUUCCAUAAUGAUGAAGAUGAUGAAGAUGAUGGCGCAGUGUGUUGUAUACAGGAGGAGAGCAGUAGUAGCAGUGUCGUUCAGUAUGAAUACCAUAUCCUCUACUCCUGCAGCUACCAAACUCCUGUCCUCUACUUCAGAGCCUCAACCCUGGAGGGUAGGAGUCUCUGUCUCGAGGAGGUAUGGGACAGUGUUCAUCCUAACUACAGACAGAGACUACAGCACAGACCCUGGGACACCAUCACACAACAGGAACACCCGUUGCUAGGCCAGUCGUUCUUUGUGCUCCACCCCUGCAGGACAGAAGAGUUCAUGAUGCCUGUUCUAAAAGCUGCCCUGGAAGAACACCGACAGGUGAACUACAUUGUGACCUGGCUCAGUGUGGUGGGUCCUGUUGUGGGACUGGACGUUCCUCUGAGCUACUGUACACAGGUACCUGAACCCCCGCACACCCCCUCCAGCUCUCCACAGCCCCCCUCCAGCUCUCCACAGCCCCCCUCCAGCUCGCCACAGCCCCCCUCCAGCUCUCCACAGCCCCCCUCCAGCUCUCCACAGCCCCCCUCCAGCUCUCCACAGCCCCCCUCCAGCUCUCCACAGCCCCCCUCCAGCUCUCCACAGCCCCCAGCCCUAGGGACAAAGCCAGGCUGAAUGGUUCUCCCAUCUAGCGUGGACAACACAUCAUUCCAAAGCGAAUUUCCAUUGGAGCCAGAUUUGACAUCAGCUUGAGAUGUGUUGAUGAGGUCUGUCCAGUGGGCAUGAGAUGGAGGACAUGGCAGCUGCUUUUCACAGCAAGUCUCUAGAGAACUGUUACAUGAAGCACUCUGCUGGCACCUAGUGGUGAGAAACAUUACUGCAACUCUACAGGCCUGUCAGAACUGCUAGGUUGAAUGAGAUCAGGUGAUGGAUCUGAGAAGAGGGAGCGGGGAUGACGUAUAGAUCUGGGACAGGGUCAUACUAUGGGCUUCAGUGCUGAUAUCUGUGAAAGGAUAAAACAUGACACUUCUCCUUUUGUCAGAGCAGACCUGGUCUUAGGAGGUUAGACAACCACGGCGCAACGAAAGAGAUGUCUAUUGAUUUCUAUGGGAGCUACUCUGUCCUUGACAAAGUUGUUUUGGAACAAGACAAAUGAACGUCUUUUGUCCCUGGAUAGGGGACUGAAAAUGACGUCAGAUGUAACUUGUGUUCCCUAUGACUUCAAACCUGAACUUUUUAAGUACACCUCUCAUUAUCACCUAACAUGUCCAACAAUCAUGUCGGAACUUUUUGAUUUCUUUGCAAUAAAGUUGAUGACAAACACACUGUU